AUGGCUGAUGCGAAACCAGUUGCCAUUCCUCUACCUACUUCACCAAAACUGACUCUCAACGGUGGCACACCUCUACUCGAUGUUGCUCCAUAUCGUUCUCUUGUUGGCAGUCUACAAUACUUGGCAUUUACGAGACCUGAUAUAUCCUACGCAGUCGCACGCGGCAAAACGGGUCCUCCGUUAUCUCGUAGUCAUGGAAUAUUCUUUCACAAGAACACUCUCACCUUACACGCUUACUCUGAUGCAGAUUGGGCCGGCGACAUGAAUGAUUACGUCUCUACAAACGCAUAUAUCAUUUAUCUUGGUCGUAACCCGGUCUUCUGGUCGUCCAAAAAACAGAAAGGAGUUGCACGCUCCUCUACAUAA